CGAGUAUGUGCUUGACGACGAUGAUGACGAAGUUGCUUCCAUCGUCGAACAUUUGACCGACAAUUGGCAAGAAGAGGUUUCUGAGGAACAGAUCGAUUCUUCGUUGAACUAUCAUUAUCAUGUCAUUUUAAAAUCCAUGCCAAUAAAAAGAAGAAACCAUUCGGUGUCGACUACCGGUCCAAGAAGAAGAUAUAACAUAUUAUUAUUUGGCGAUAGUUUAACUGCUGGAUGGGUAAAAAAUGCUGAUGGUUAUCGUACUUAUCAGCCCUACGGACUAAGGGUUCAAAAAAGAUUCGAAGAUGAAGGUUUAGAUGUAGAGGUUACUGUUAGUGCUGUUCCUGGUGAAUGUGUUGUUCAAUCUAUGGAAGAAAGAUUAAUGUAUGAACUAGAACAGCCGGUUAAAUGGUAUGACUGGGUUGUCAUUCUAGGAGGUAAUAAUGAUAGAACACAUGAUGUAAUCAAUGGAUAUUCUGCUUGGGAUAUCUUUGAUGGCCUAACAAAACUAUAUGUAUUAUGUUCAAAACAUGGUGCUCGAGUAUUAGGUGUAACUAUUCCUGAGUUCAACUGGGAUCUUGUAAAUCACCUUGAUUAUCAGCGCCGUAUAGUAAACGAACAUUUAAUUUUAACGGCAGAUCAACGUAGAAUCUAUUGGGAUCGUGAUGGUGUUCAUCUUACGGAGGACGGCUAUAGUUUAAUGGAAUUUUCAAAAGAAAUACCAUUAAUAUAUAUUGAUUUGGCGAAUAAUUGUAUGGAUACAGUUGCAUUUGAUCGCCCUUCAGCAAGUGAUGUUCAAAAACUUUUAGACAGUUGGACAAAAGAAAAUUACUAUGUAAAAAUUUUCGAAAAAGCUGAUUUAAAAAGUGAUAAAUAUAGAUCUGAACUUCUAACAAAUGCGAGGAUUCCACAAUCAAAUAUUCCUUAA